AUGGGAGGACGUCACAAUGCCGCAGCCGAACCAAAGGCAGACCAAGAUUUGGAAGCUCUCAAGGCCGCCAAGAUUCCCCUUGCGUUUCGAGACAAGUGCGGACAUUUGUUGACGGGUUUGAACAAAUGCCGUCGUGAGAACUAUUACCAAAUGUCCAAGUGCGGACAUGAACGUCACACCUACGAAGAGUGUGAAUACUACGCUUGGAUGGAUCGAGUGGCCAAGAAGAAGGGUGUCGAGUACGAAGGAGUUGUUGCUCCUGUCAACCAUUGA